UAAUAGAGGAAGAAGACAGACUCCAACUAAAAGUUUGUCUUAUGCAAUUUUCGUUGCAGCGAAGGAGGGACUGGAGGCAUUGUGUGAAUCCCCAUUUUUAUUUAAUGGCUGAACUACCCCUCUGACGAGGAGGCUGCUGCAGCCUGCCUGCACUGGUGUAGUUUGUAAUAGUAGUAAUUAAUGGAACCGAGCCAAACAAGUGGAAGGUUUCGAUCAUUUUCAUUACAUUACAUUGCAAAUAGAACCUUUUUUAUUUUUGCUUUACUCCCUCAACUUGGCGUCACUUUCAUUCUGACCCACCCCUCCAUCACUUUUACUCCCAACAAAAAACAGAUCACUUCACAGGUCUCCACCCAGAAACCUAAAAGGCAGUCACAGUUUAAAAAAAGGGGUCGAGAAAAGACACCAAGUUCAUAAUAGAGAGAGAGAGAGAGAGAGAGACAUGGCAGCCCGACAUCAAGAAGAAGAGGAAGAAGAAGGGCAAGAAGAGGUAAACCCAAAUGAGAAACAUGAUGAGCAAUAUGUGGAGGAGGUCUUGUCGUUAUACUUGGGGCUAAGUUUCACAGUGUUUCUUGGGUUUCUCCCCCAAAAUGCGAUCCCAUUAGUGUCAUCUCUGCAAAGCAGGAACAAAGCUCUGACCUUUAAGCUGACCGAAGCAUUGGAGCAGCUCCAGCAGCUUCGAUGGAGGAGGAAAGAGGACUCGAAAGCAAAUGCGAGAGUGGCAGAGAUAUUUGCAAGCCAUAGGCAUUCUUGGCAGCAAGAAGAGAAGAGGCUGUUGCAGCAGAUCGAUGAGGGGGCCCAAGAAAUAUCAUAUUUGAAGGGUAAAGUAGAGGACUUUGAGAGACUGGAAGGUGAGCUGAGGGCCAAUGUUGCGGAUUUGAAGAGGGAGAUUAGUGAAAGGGAUGAAAUGAUUAACUUCAUGAGCAGCUAUGGUAAUGGUACUGCUGGAUUGAGGAUGAGGAGUUAUGGGAAUACAGGAUUAAUGAUGGAUGAAUUGAGGGUUGAAGAUGGUCCUGAUGUUUCUGCUUCUGGAACUGUCUUUGAUCCUGAUGACUUCUUGAAUUCUGCUUCUGCUUCUGCUUCAAACUUAUGGUCUGCUAAAGCCCAGUCUUGGCAGGAUUUGCCGUCUCAACAACACCAUGAAUCCAUUUCACAUUUAAAGCAUUUUGUAUCUAGAAGGGAAUCCCCUUGGCAAGAUGAUGGUGUCUCUAAUGGAGUUUUGUCUAAACUAACAAAGCUGGAGCAAGAGCUGCUGAAUCUCGAAAGAUUCGGGGAUUCGGAGGAGCUAUCCGAGGUUCAAUUGCAAAUGCAUAAACAGGCCAAGAGAUAUCAGGGAUUGGCAGGGAAGAUAGGCAACCUCUGCGAUCGAAUGAAGGUAAGCGAUUCGAAUGAGGCCACUGUCAGCUCGGAGUUUCAAAUGCAACGACAAACUGAGUUCUUGCUCGAGGCAUUCCGGCUGCAGCAGCGUGCAUCAGAAGUUAAUGAUAAGAUGAUGGCAUUACAGGCUGAGGCGAAACCGGGCACUAAAAGACUUCUAGACUCUGCAAGAAACAACUUGAAAGAAAUCCAGAGAAGUUUAGAGAUAUGGCUGGCGAGAAUUAUCGGAGACCUGGAGGGAAGUCUGGCCAAAGAUGGCGCAUCCCGUGCAAGGGAUCAGUAUUAUGUGUCGUCUAGGUUUCCCUUUGUUCAAUCUUAGCUACAUUUCUUAGACGAAACAGUGAAUGAUUCAAUCAGAUCCAAGAUAAUUAGUAGAAGCAGCAGAUGGACAAAUGUUGAUCAUCAACAGAAUUUUUCAUGCUCACCAAGAUGUUUAUUAGAAGCAUA